AUGGGAGCUUCUUUCAGAAACGUUGGCGAAAUCACCGCUCUUGCCGGUUGUGACUUCCUUACCAUUGCUCCAAAGCUGUUGGAAGAGCUUUUCAACUCUGAUGCUGCCGUUCCACAGGUGCUGAAGGCUGAGGAUGCCGCCUCUGUCCAGGAGGAGAAGGUUUCUUUCGUCGACGACGAGGCUUUGUUCCGUUUCUUGCUGAAUGAGGAUGCUAUGGCCACUGAGAAGCUUUCCCAGGGUAUCAGAGGUUUCUCUGCUGACUGUGUCACCUUGGUCAAGGUCUUGGAGGAGAAGGUCAAGGCUUAA